CAAAACGUGCAUACGAAAAAAGCAAUUGCUAAAUAAUAAAGUGGCAAUCUGGCAUCUCUAAAAAAAUGACAACAGCAAAAAAGUUGUCGCGGCGAUAGUGAUGUUGAUGAGAUUAAAUAUCAAGUAAUAUCGCAGUAAAUAAAUAAAUAAGAUUAUGUGCUUUUGUAAACAAAAAUAAAUAAAUCGAUCUUUAUUCGAAGACAAAAUUAAUUAGCUAUUUUUUGUGGAAUCCAAAAUUUUGUUAGAAAAUGUUUCAAAGAAAUAAUUACAAUAAUAUUUAUUGUUAAUUAUUUCAAUUAUUGUUAAUUUUGAAAUCACUUAAUACACUACGGAGGAACAAGUAUUCAAUGAAAUGUUGUCCGUUUUGCAAGAGAAAAGGCCAUUAAAAAAGGCACGUUUAGGACCACCAGACGUUUAUCCACAAGAUGCAAAACAAAGAGAAGAUGAACUUACACCCGCAAAUGUAAAACAUGGGUUUUCGACUACAUCACCACUUUCGGAUGAAUUUGGUACAGCGCAUAAUUCCAAUGUCAAUGCAAACAAAAUGGGUGCAUUUUUUAGUGCAAUACUCGUCAAGAAAGAAGAACUCAUGACGUUGCAAGAUACAGGGAAAAAGAAACAACAACUCAAUUGCAAAGAUCAUUUUUGGCCAGUGUCGCCUCGCAAUAAAGUUGCUAUGGAUGCUUGGUUCAAGGAUUUAGCUGGAAAUAAACCACUGUUAAGUUUAGCAAAAAAAGUUCCAUCUUUUAAUAAGAAGGAGGAUAUUUUCAUUACACUUUGUGACAACCAAGUCAAUAUGCAGCGUGCAACCUGGUUUAUAAAAUUAAGUGCUGUUUAUGCUACAUGCCUUACGGAAUCGAAAAAUAAAAAGCGCACUAUAUAUGAUCCAGUAAGUGACUGCACUAGUUAUUUUAUAAAAUUUAUGAAGGAAUUAUUACCGAAAUUACAAGAGUACUAUCAACAAAGUAUAAGCGACAAAGCGUCUCAUUGCAAUAGCACGGGUCUAGCAACACAAAAUUCAAGCACACAUUCGAAUAGUACUAUACCAGUUCCUUCUAUGGCCAGUCCAGUUUCUAUGCAUAGUCCAGCAAGUAGUCAGCAAAAUUCUAACAACCAUGGUGUACUAAGUGGGGGAACACCUGUGAACGCUUCAAGCACUCAAGGAUCUGUUAAUCUUGGCUUAACAGGCUCUUCAAUUUCAGGAAUAGGCAGUAAUUUUGAAGAUUGUCGAAAUGCUUUAAAAUACUGGAAUUAUUGCACUCAGCUCAGUAAAUACAUGCAUGAAGAAUCACUGUUGGAUAGACAGGAAUUUCUUUAUUGGAUACUUGAAUUAUUAGAUAAAAUGCGUACGCAAGCUUCAUUUAACGAAGCAUUGAAAAAGUUGGUACUUACUUUUGCUUUGCAAUACAUGCAUGAUUUUGUUCAGUCUGAGCGGCUUUGUCGUAAGCUAGCCUAUAUUGUUGCUAAAAAGCUUUCUAAUCUGUUAAACGCAACUGUGGAACAGCAAAAUAACAGUAAAUCAUUACAAUCAAAUUGUGUAGUAAACAUGGAGGUGGAUGACGAUGAAAAAAAACGGAAUACGAUAGAUCCCUAUGAAACUGCGUUAAAUGAUUAUAUGAACUGCCCGCAUCACCGUGAUAUAAUCUUAUAUCUGAGUACAAUAUUACAGAUUAUCACAAUUGAAUGUCCAACAGCUAUGGUUUGGUGUGGUAUCGGGGACAAUCGUGCACCAUCAGCUUUGUGUGGUAGUCCUUUGGAUAAUUUACCCUUAGCUCCAUCAGUUCUUCCUAUGCCGUCUAAAUGUGAAUUGACUACAAACAUUGAAAUACGGCGACAACUACGUGCAGUAGAAUCCGAAAUUAGAGAACGUUCUAAACAUGCUGAAAAUCGUUGGUUUGCCGAGAAAUGGUUAAAAUCUAGUAAUAAUCCGUGCAACCAUGUACUUUCAAUUCUAGAUCAUUUAGAUACCCAUUGUUUUGAACGGAUGGAUCAAAGUAAUUCAAUUGAAUCUCUUUAUGCAAAUAUUUUUAAACCUUUUGUGACUGUGAAACGUGAAGUUGGUUCAAAUGGAGAGGUAAAAGAAAUACGUCAAGAAUACGAUGCUAAGGAAGAUGCUAAAACAGUUAAAAUACUCUGUGAAUGGGCAGUAUCUAAUCAGAGAUGGGGUGAACAUCGGGCAAUUGUAGUAGCAAUAUUGUUGGAUAAAAGACAAAUAGAUGUCACUACACCUAAUAUUGAAAAUGAACAAUUUAAUAAUAAUGGAAAUAUAAGUAAUACAAAUGAAGAUAAAGAUUCUGUUGCUUCGGGAGUUGGUUUAAUAGGUGGAUUACCCGUUUUUCAGUCAGUAUUAAUGGAUUUUUUGGAUCAAGACGCCCCAGUAUUAGAUGAAAAUGGUUCCCUGCAAAAUCGUACACAGUUCACCAAUCUUGUUCAUUUAUUUAGCGCUUUGAUACGCCAUGAUGUCUUUUCCCACAAUGCUUAUAUGUACACACUAAUCUCACGUGGAGACUUAUUAACUGAUGGUACUUCAAGUACAACAGCAAAGCCAAUAAGCGGCACAAGUGGCACUGGUCCAGUAUCAAAUAAACCAUCACCGCCGACUCACAAUUUUGAUGAUGAUUUCAUGACUGGAAUUGAGUAUGAUGAUUCUAAUGUGGACGAUGAUCUUGGAAAACUAGUGCAAACCAUUAAAGAAAAAAUUCCUGAUCAUACAAGUGCUGGUGGCAGUGAGCCUCCAAUAUCACGUCAUUUUGUGUACACGAAACAUUUUCCUAUACCUCAAGAUGAUCCAACAUCUCCGUACAGUAGUGAAUCAAACCAGAGAUAUAUACUGCUUUUUGGAGUUGGCAAAGAACGUGAUGAGAAGAAACAUGCUGUUAAGAAAAUGUCUAAGGAAAUUUGUAAGCUUUUCUCAAAAAAAUUUAGUAUUGAUGUGGCAGAAGGAGGGAAAGUAAAGAAACAUUCACGAAAUGAGUUUAAUUUUGAAGCUACAACUAGUAAAUGUCAAAACAUGGCAUACUUUGAUCAGCAUGUAGUAACGUCGCAAUGUGCUGCAACAGUACUUGAACAACUUAACAGUUUUGCACUUGGAAACAACAAUUACUUGCCAGUUCAAGAGCACGUGGCUUUUUUAUUUGAUUUAAUGGAAAUGGCUCUUAACAUUUAUAGCUUGAUAGAGCUUUGUGACCAGAUUUUAAAAGAAUUACCAGAAGUAGAAAAUCAGUUGGUUGUCAAAAAGUCUAAUUUAAUUAGAAGUUACACAACAUUAUUGGGUUUAUAUAUUGUAGGCAUACUUCGGCGAUAUCAUAGUUGCUUGCUAUUAUCUAUAGAACAAACUGUUUCAAUCUUUGAGGGACUAUGCAAAAUUAUCAAACAUGUUGGCAGUCCUAGUGAAUGUAGCUCUGCCGAGCGUUGCAUUCUUGCAUAUCUAAGUGACCUGCAUGAUUCAUGUGUUAUAUUAAAGAGCAAAGAGCAGCAACCAGAAUAUUUUCAGCAGUUAAACGUUAUUAAAAAGUUUAAAGAAAUAUUUGUUGCUCCAGAACAAAUUAACAUUGUUCCACCAACAUAUAAUCCACAAUUCCUUCAAGAACUUUUUUCUUCUCCGAAACGUGGAGGUAAAAUAGAUCAAUUAUGGGUGCGACAACUCCAUGAAUCCCCAACAAACGUUUACAGUUUUGUUUCGAAUGCAUUUAUUGCAGUAUGCCGUGAAUCAGACAAUGAUCGUUUAAAUGAUAUAGCAAUUUCAUGUUCAGAACUGACUGCUAGUUGUAAUGCAUUAUCUACGGAAUGGAUAGCAGCAUUGCAGUGCAUAUGUAAUUCAACAAAGAAACCACGCUAUCCACAUUUAUUUGGGCAAAUUGACAUACACAACACCAGAAUACAUAAUUCGUUGGCAGUAUUUAUGUGCAUCUUAGUCGCGCGUCAUUGUUUUCCACUGUCGGAUUUCGUUGUCAAAUUUGCUCUGCCGACUCUUGUUACAGCAUGUGCAGAGACUACUGGAGAUGCCGAAGCUGGAGCUCGUUUGACUUGUCAUUUAUUAUUAAAGCUGUUUAAAACUAUCGAAAUACCACAACCUGGUUUAUACUCUGUUAGUACAUCACCAAAUCCAAUAAAUGUAGUCAGCAAUACAACUAACAUAAAGUUAAGUUGUGAUCGGCAUUUGCUUGUUGGUGCACAUAAAAAUAUUCCAGUGGAGGCAGUCUUAGCUGUGUUAAAAGCAAUAUUAUAUGUUGUUGACACAGCAGCUCUUAAGACCCCUACUUCAGUUACUGGUGCCGUUGCUUAUUGCAGUGGCAAACGUAGUGGUUUCAAUACUCCUGUCCAUCCGGGAAGUACACCGAAGAGUAAUGAACGACCCGUUGAUUUAAGUCAAAUAUUAGGCACGAGUGAUCUUAAUAGUUUGGGUAAUGAUGAUCAAGAAAUGGCACAACAAAAUUCAUUAUCAGCUAAUUCUAAUCAGGGGGAACAAAUAUCUUUGCUAGAGUUUGCACAUCAUGUACUUAAGCAAAUCUGUGCUCAGGAACACGUUUUGGAAAGAUGUUUAAAGCAUGCUGAAAAAUUGUGUGAUUUCAUUAUUGAUGAUAUGCUUACAACGAAGCAGGUACAACGUGUUUUACAUA